AUGGGUCAAGAUGAAGUUGGUCUGCAGGUACUCCCUCCUCCUCCAGGGUACUCAACAUCAAAUCAACAUGAGGAUUUUAUUAUGCCAACGUCUUUCACCAUCCAUAAACAAGGCGAGUCAGAGGUCAAAUUCAAUAUACGCGGAAACUCCGGGAGCACGCCACUUUCAAUCGCAUGCACAUACAAAAACACAGACGACGAUUUCGAAGCAAGAGUCAAUCUCCUCCCGCGGAAAGAUGAAAAUGCAUCUCCCUUGGCGACAGUAAAAUACUCCCGCCACAGCGCUGAGCUCGAAUUCAUCAACAAGUCUCCUCCAUCACAUAUCACCAUGUACUACCGUCUCCUGGGCGAUAGAAACGCAACACAUUCUUUCAACGUCAACACCCCGCAGCGAACAAGUUUCGAGUGGAGGAAUCUUGGUGAUGGCGAAGGAUGGAAAUUUCCGUGCAUGAACGAAGUUAUCGAGUCAAAUCUACUCGGUAUUAUGAACUAUCCUCCACUUUUACCCCGCGAUCGAACCCUGCCAUUCAGCAAAGGCGCCCCUACUCUCGCCCCCAAGCGACGCGCUGUCGCCAUAGCUUGUGACGCGUGCAGGAGUAGAAAAGUCAGGUGCACAGGCGAGUUUCCAACAUGUGCUGCGUGUCAAAGACGUGGGGCCGAGUGCAACUACGCUGAUAUUGCUAAUGAUCGCGAGAUGCACUCGAACCAGCUUAAAAGGAGGGUCAAAGAGUUGGAGGAUGAGAACAGAAGCUUUAGGAAUUUGUUUCAGAGUUUGAGGAAGCGGGACGGGACAACAAAUCAAGACCUGCUGCGGAGGAUACAGGCUGGUGAUGAUUUUGGGACCGUCAUUGAACAUGCUCGAAAUCCGGGUGGCCAAGGGAAGCGGAAGAGGUCUCCGUCACCGAGUUUAAUGGCUAGACAACGGCCAUCAGAUUCGACGACAAUACGUGGCAUUUUACCCAGAACGCCAGUCGCUUCUCCCGCAGCGAUCUAUCCCAACGUGCUACCUAUUUACAACUCACCGUCUCCCGCUCCUCUUCCUUCACCACCCAUCAAUACGCCUUCCUCUCCAAAAGAUGCUAUCCUAGACCUUCUGACACUCUCGCAAAAGGGGAAACCAGAUCUUGUCCUACUCAAUGAAGCCCGCCCCAAGGAACACUGCGAUCUUCGCUUGAACGAGCUUUCCGUCUCGUACUGGACACGCGUACCGAUAAGUAACCGGUCCGCGUCAAUGCUCAUCUCCACGUUUCUCGAGACAGAUAACUCUGCCGUUGGUUUCAUCAACAAGGAUUUGUUCCUCACAGACCUGGUGCAGCACAACCCUACAUUCUGCUCUGCCUUUCUCGUCAAUUCGAUACUGUACCUUGCCUGCUUCGCUCACACCGCAUCCGAUGGCAGAGCAGCCACCCUUGCGCAUAGCUUUUUCAACGACGCAGAGCGACUAUAUCGCGCGGAAAGGUUAUCAGACAGUCUCACGACCCUAGCAGCCAUCAACAUCUUUAGCUUGGGGUGCUUCUCUCACGGGAACGAUAACUUGGGCCAGGAUCUCCUCUUAUCAGGACGUCAGAUGGGGAACCGUAUGAAUUUCUACGGUCUUGAUGCUACAAGCUCAGAGAUGAGGGGGUUUCAGGAGCUACCAGAUGAUCAUUCAGAGUCACAAGCUUCUUGGGGGACUUUUAAUUGGCUGACGGAUGUGAACUCGAACUUUACUCGACUACCUUUCGACGUCGAGCUCUUUAUAGUCAAUGAUCUAAUAGAGCUCUACAAGCACGACGAGAAACGCUUGACACCCUUGGCCACUGUCUCUGAAACUUGGCAACGCAUCGUGGAGAAGCACACUUUUCAGAACUUUAAACUGAGUGUACAGGAGCUCCCCGUCUUCCAGAGCUUUGUUCAAAGAGGGCGGCUACAAUUUGUCAAAUCCAUGACCCUCAAAGUCCGUACAAACCCCUCCUGGCACGAAGAUUGCGACUGGGAUAUCUUCAGAAAUAUUCUUUCUAGCGUAAUAUCGUCCACUACCGCUAUUGAGUUUAUACGCAUAGAGAGAUGGUGGAAUGUGUUCGGCAUUUGCGACAGUCGUGGAGGAAGAACAGCCAAUAUGGAGCUACUGGAUCUCAUCUCGCAAGCCGCGGACCAUCUCGAACAUAUCGCCGUAUCUUACGCCGUCAGCGCCGAAGACUUCUUGGAUCGCUGCAGAGAACAAAAAGUUCUCGGAGAUUGCCUCACAAGCGUCAUGAGAAUGCCCGCGCUCGAGAUGUUGGAGGUAUGGGAGCUAGGUCUGCAAGGACUGCAAGUUCAUAUCUUUAGGCUCCAUCCAAGUAUAUCCAGAGCCUGGAAGAAUGUCUUCGCUGGUAGGGAGGGUUACACGCUUGAGAUGGAGGAGCACCGAUUCGCCCGUGCCGAUAUCGUUACCCUUUCGGACAUGUUGCCGCAUUUGAUGCUAAAAGACAAGAUUCUCCAUGCAUCUACCAGGAACUGGGUUUCGGAACUUACAAUGUUACCCACCACCUUUCAGUGUAGCCAUACUCAUACGGCAGUACGUUGCACCAUGAUUUCUCCCACCACAGCCGUUGUACAGAGUGCAUCAUCCUGCACUAGGGUCCCUCCCGAGAUCGAGUUAUACAUCGCCCAGGCUCUGAUAGAGACGCACAAGCAAUCAAAGAACCCAACCUCCCGCUUAUCGACCUUUGCCACCGUAUCCAAAACCUGGCAAUCUCUCAUAGAGAAGGAAACAUACAGCCAUAUAAAGAUAACGUCACAUGAGCUAGGCUCCUUCAAAAAGUAUGUCCGAUCCUACCGUAAGCUACUUGUCAAGCAUAUUCUUCUUGAGAUCUCAUACAACUUUCACCGCGAUGAGUUGGAAGAUAGUCAAAAAGUUCGAUUUUCAAAAGCGGUGCACGCCCUUUGGCGUAUCCUCUCAAGAUGGAAAGUAUGCCGUGUUGCAGUGGAGCUGGGCAUUGUCUCUUCUCAUGCGAGGACUCUCAGGAACGCACAUGAUCGAAUCGGCGCCUCCCAGCACUACCCUUUGGACCGUUCCCGCACCCGUGACCCACGUUUUGCGGAGUUGAUCGACUUUUGGGCUAUUUUCGGUCCUUAUUUUAUGGGGACAAACUCUGCUCGCUUCGACCGAACUUCCUUCCCGCUACAGGGGGCCUCGAGUCUGCCCAACGUUGAUGCCAUAGCUGAGCUGGUGAUUCGGAGAGAAUACCACCCAAACAUAUCUCCAGCGACUCUCUAUGAGAUCAUCUCGUCUGCCCCGUGUAUCGAAUCCAUUCAUCUUGAGAGAUGGUGUUAUGGCCUUCGUUUGCAAGAUGGAAAUUGGGAUCGCGCUUUCCAGCGAACAGGGCUUUUAGUCCCAGAUUCAGCGAAACGGUUGACAUAUUUUGAAGAAUUCCAUACCCCAUAUCACCAGUGGAGUGGGGAAAUGGUGCUGCCACGACCAAGCAACACACUUCUGGACUCCAUCUCCGACGCCGCAGAUCGUCUUGAGCAUAUCGCUGUCUCCUUUGCUUUCGACGCACAGACACUAUUCGAUAGGUUUACACAAACAGAUUUCAAAGCGCUGAAGACUCUCGCACUUACGUCUUCUUUCAGUAAUUAUUCUGAGGGCCUCUUAGUCGAUACUGCAGAGGCAGUGACGAAGAUGCACGCACUCCAACUUCUAGAAAUUUGGAAUUUCGAAGCUGGUCCCGCCGACGUUUUCCGGUACGAGAGACUCGAUCGAUACCAAGGUCGUAUUAUUUGGCAGAGCACCGAGGACCGCGAGAUCUCUUCAGUUGUGGAAAUGAGUUGGAAAGAUCUGUUGAGGACGGGUCAGAGUGGGUUCGACGCCAAGUGUAGCAGUUUUCCGAUGAAGUUGAAAAGUCUUCAGGAUCUUCUGCCACAUUUGAAGUUGGGCGAGCAAAUUCUUCGAAAUUUCAUCUAG